ACGUGACCCUUGCUCAUGGCGGCGGCAGCGGCGGCGGCGGCGGCAGCAGUAGCGGCGGCGCUCGCGGGGCUAGGCGGACGGAGCCGGAUCUUGUAGCCGGGGUGUGGGCCGGCGUCAGUCGUCCCUCCUUCGGCCCCCUCUCUAGUCUUCCGGAGUGUGGCUGGCGGGGCCGGGGUGGCGGAGCGAGGCCUGGAGCCGUCGCCAGCCGCGGUGGCGGCGCUGCCGCCUGAAGUGCGGGCGCAGCUGGCGGAGCUGGAGCUGGAGCUCUCAGAGGGGGACAUCACACAGAAAGGAUAUGAAAAGAAAAGGUCCAAACUCCUAUCUCCGUACAGCCCGCAGACACAAGAAACUGAUUCAGCAGUACAGAAAGAACUUAGGAACCAGACACCUGCUCCAUCUGCAACUCAAACUUCCGCUCCCUCUAAGUAUCACCGAACCCGAUCUGGGGGAGCCAGGGAUGAACGAUAUCGAUCAGAUAUCCACACAGAAGCAGUUCAAGCUGCCCUGGCAAAGCAUAAAGAGCAGAAGAUGGCUUUGCCCAUGCCAACCAAAAGACGAUCCACAUUUGUCCAGUCUCCUGCCGAUGCCUGCACGCCUCCUGACACAUCUUCGGCCUCUGAGGAUGAGGGCUCUCUGAGACGCCAAGCUGCGCUCUCUGCUGCCUUGCAACAGAGUUUACAGAAUGCUGAGUCCUGGAUCAACCGUUCAAUUCAGGGAUCGUCCACUUCUUCAUCUGCAUCAUCUACGCUGUCCCAUGGAGAGGUCAAAGGAACCAGUGGGUCUCUAGCUGAUGUAUUUGCCAAUACUCGAAUAGAGAAUUUCUCUGCUCCCCCUGAUGUCACUACAACUACCUCUUCCUCCUCCUCAUCUUCCUCAAUACGCCCAGCCAAUAUUGACCUGCCCCCCUCGGGGAUAGUUAAAGGCAUGCAUAAAGGGUCCAACAGGUCCAGCCUCAUGGAUACAGCUGAUGGUGUUCCUGUCAACAGCCGAGUAUCUACAAAAAUCCAGCAGCUUCUCAACACUCUAAAACGACCCAAAAGGCCUCCCUUAAAGGAAUUUUUUGUGGAUGACGCUGAAGAAAUUGUGGAAGGUAUACCUCAGCCAGACCCCAACCAGCCCAAGCCUGAGGGACGGCAGAUGACCCCUGUGAAGGGAGAGCCUUUGGGAGUCAUCUGUAACUGGCCGCCUGCUCUUGAAUCUGCCCUACAGCGGUGGGGCACCACUCAAGCAAAGUGCUCUUGCCUGACUGCGCUGGACGUGACAGGGAAGCCAGUUUACACUCUUACAUAUGGAAAGUUGUGGAGCAGAAGUUUAAAGUUGGCCUACACACUGCUUAAUAAACUGGGGACCAAAAACGAACCUGUGUUAAAACCUGGAGACAGGGUGGCGCUGGUUUACCCCAACAAUGAUCCAGUCAUGUUUAUGGUGGCUUUUUAUGGAUGUCUCUUGGCAGAAGUGAUUCCAGUGCCUAUAGAGGUACCUCUUACCAGAAAGGAUGCUGGAGGUCAGCAGAUUGGCUUCUUGCUAGGAAGCUGUGGUAUUGCCUUAGCUCUUACCAGUGAAGUUUGUCUAAAGGGAUUGCCAAAAACUCAGAAUGGAGAAAUUGUACAGUUUAAAGGUUGGCCCCGGCUCAAAUGGGUUGUAACAGAUUCCAAGUACCUGUCAAAGCCACCUAAAGACUGGCAGCCACACAUCUCACCUGCUGGUACAGAACCAGCAUACAUUGAGUAUAAAACAAGCAAAGAAGGGAGUGUAAUGGGAGUUACGGUGUCCCGGCUGGCAAUGCUGUCUCACUGCCAAGCUCUGUCGCAGGCCUGCAAUUAUUCCGAAGGGGAAACAGUAGUCAAUGUUUUAGACUUUAAGAAGGAUGCUGGGCUGUGGCACGGCAUGUUUGCGAAUGUAAUGAAUAAGAUGCACACAAUUAGCGUACCCUACUCUGUCAUGAAGACCUGCCCUCUCUCUUGGGUCCAGAGAGUGCAUGCCCAUAAAGCCAAGGUAGCUUUAGUAAAAUGUCGAGACUUGCACUGGGCUAUGAUGGCACAUCGGGACCAAAGAGACGUGAGCUUGAGCUCCCUCCGCAUGUUAAUUGUGACUGAUGGAGCUAAUCCCUGGUCUGUGUCAUCCUGUGAUGCCUUCCUGAGUCUGUUCCAAAGCCAUGGCCUGAAACCGGAGGCCAUCUGUCCGUGUGCUACGUCUGCGGAAGCCAUGACUGUAGCAAUCCGCAGGCCUGGAGUUCCAGGGGCCCCUUUGCCAGGAAGAGCCAUUCUCUCGAUGAAUGGAUUGAGCUAUGGGGUGAUACGGGUCAAUACUGAAGAUAAAAAUUCAGCACUAACAGUUCAGGAUGUGGGGCAUGUAAUGCCUGGUGGAAUGAUGUGCAUUGUGAAACCAGAUGGACCUCCCCAGCUCUGCAAAACAGAUGAAAUUGGAGAAAUCUGUGUCAGCUCCAGAACUGGAGGCAUGAUGUACUUUGGGCUUGCUGGCGUGACAAAAAAUACAUUUGAGGUGAUUCCAGUGAAUGCUGCAGGCUCUCCUGUUGGGGAGGUUCCGUUCAUCCGGUCAGGAUUGCUGGGGUUUGUAGGGCCAGGUAGUUUGGUGUUCGUAGUUGGAAAAAUGGAUGGAUUACUGAUGGUUAGUGGACGAAGACAUAAUGCUGAUGACAUUGUUGCUACUGGAUUGGCUGUUGAGUCAAUAAAGACUGUUUAUAGAGGAAGAAUUGCUGUGUUUUCUGUGUCUGUAUUUUAUGACGAGCGCAUUGUGGUGGUUGCGGAACAAAGACCAGAUGCUUCUGAAGAAGACAGCUUCCAGUGGAUGAGCCGUGUUCUGCAGGCAAUCGAUAGCAUUCAUCAAGUGGGGGUUUAUUGUCUUGCUCUGGUGCCUGCCAAUACACUGCCAAAAACUCCACUAGGAGGGAUCCAUAUAUCUCAGACGAAACAGCUCUUUCUGGAGGGAUCUCUACAUCCUUGCAAUAUCCUCAUGUGCCCACAUACAUGUGUGACAAAUUUGCCAAAACCCCGGCAAAAGCAACCAGGUGUAGGCCCUGCUUCCGUGAUGGUUGGGAACCUGGUUGCUGGAAAGCGCAUAGCCCAAGCUGCUGGAAGGGAUCUGGGGCAAAUUGAAGAGAAUGAUUUGGUGAGGAAGCACCAGUUUCUGGCAGAGAUUUUACAGUGGCGAGCCCAGGCAACUCCUGACCAUGUACUUUUCAUGCUGUUAAAUGCCAAGGGAACUACUGUGUGCACAGCCAGCUGCCUGCAGCUUCAUAAGCGAGCAGAGAGGAUUGCAUCCGUUCUUGGUGAUAAGGGACAUCUCAAUGCGGGAGAUAAUGUGGUGUUGCUUUAUCCCCCUGGCAUUGAAUUAAUUGCUGCCUUCUACGGCUGCCUGUAUGCAGGGUGCAUACCAGUGACUGUUCGGCCUCCUCAUGCUCAGAACCUUACUGCCACGUUGCCCACUGUGCGAAUGAUUGUCGAUGUCAGCAAAGCAGCCUGUAUUCUCACCACUCAGACCCUAAUGAGGCUACUAAGGUCUCGAGAGGCAGCAGCAGCUGUGGAUGUGAAAACCUGGCCUACCAUCAUUGACACAGAUGAUUUACCCAGGAAAAGGUUACCUCAGCUGUAUAAACCACCCACUCCUGAGAUGCUGGCAUAUCUUGAUUUUAGUGUUUCCACAACUGGCAUGCUUACAGGAGUGAAGAUGUCCCACUCUGCGGUUAAUGCUCUUUGCAGAGCCAUCAAGCUCCAGUGUGAGUUGUAUUCUUCUCGGCAGAUCGCCAUCUGCCUUGAUCCAUACUGUGGACUUGGCUUUGCACUCUGGUGCCUCUGCAGUGUCUAUUCAGGUCACCAGUCUAUCUUAAUUCCUCCUAUGGAGUUAGAAAACAACCUUUUCCUCUGGCUCACCACUGUCAACCAGUAUAAAAUAAGGGACACUUUCUGCUCUUAUUCCGUAAUGGAACUCUGCACUAAAGGACUUGGUAACCAAGUGGAGGUGCUAAAGACCAGAGGGAUCAAUCUCUCCUGCAUCCGGACCUGCGUGGUGGUAGCAGAGGAGCGGCCCCGCAUUGCCCUCCAGCAGUCCUUCUCCAAGCUCUUCAAGGACAUUGGGCUAUCCCCUCGGGCUGUCAGCACCACUUUUGGAUCAAGAGUCAAUGUGGCAAUAUGUUUACAGGGAACCUCAGGGCCUGAUCCAACUACUGUGUAUGUAGAUCUGAAAUCAUUAAGACAUGACAGAGUUCGUCUUGUGGAACGAGGUGCCCCCCAGAGUUUGCUCCUUUCAGAGUCGGGAAAGAUUUUACCUGGUGUAAAAGUGGUUAUUGUGAAUCCUGAGACCAAAGGGCCUGUUGGAGACUCACACCUUGGAGAGAUUUGGGUGAAUAGUCCCCACACAGCCAGUGGCUACUACACCAUCUAUGACAGUGAGACUCUUCAAGCUGAUCACUUCAAUACUCGCCUCAGCUUUGGGGAUGCCGCUCAGACACUCUGGGCUCGGACAGGAUACCUGGGUUUUGUGCGCCGGACUGAGCUCACUGCAGCCACUGGAGAGCGUCAUGACGCCUUAUAUGUGGUAGGAGCUCUGGAUGAAACGCUGGAGCUGAGAGGAUUACGAUACCACCCAAUCGAUAUUGAGACCUCAGUGUCUCGGAUCCACAGAAGCAUUGCUGAAUGUGCCGUGUUCACGUGGACCAACUUGCUUGUGGUGGUUGUGGAACUGUGCGGCUCUGAACAGGAAGCCCUGGAUCUGGUCCCCUUAGUGACCAACGUGGUCCUGGAAGAGCAUUACCUCAUCGUUGGUGUUGUGGUUGUGGUGGACCCAGGUGUCAUCCCUAUCAACUCCAGAGGAGAGAAACAGAGGAUGCACCUCCGUGACAGCUUCCUAGCUGACCAGUUAGACCCCAUCUAUGUGGCCUAUAACAUGUAGCCAGCCUUGGGACUGCAGGGGGACCAUCCUCACGAGUCACAAAGACUGAAGACCCCUGGCUAGGGGCAAGCUUUUAAAUGAUGUGAAAUAAGCUGAGAUGGCUACAUUAUAUUCUUCAUCUCAUCCUGUGGGAUUCUACAGUCACAUAAUACACAGGAAAGUGGAAUUCUGUGGUGGCAAAUGAAAAAAAUGUUAACAGGCAGGUAGACAUAGCUUUGACAGAGCGUGAGUAGCACGUUCUGAAAGCAAUUACGCGCAUGUUUCAUUUUUUUCAUCUAUUGUACAUACUUGUAUUUUUAUCUAAUGCUGUUUUAGAAUUUUGUAAGGGAGUCUAAUGAAUUCACAUGAAGGGGGUAGUCUGAGUUACACAGUUCCCCACUCUGUACUGUAUUUGGCAAUUUUGCUGUAGCUAGAUGUUUGCAGGUUUUGUUAACAUGGAACUACUCAGCUUACUUGCAGUCAACCCAUAGGCAAAACAGAUAACUCACUGAAUAUGAGAAUUACUUCAUAUAUAUAAAAUUCUUAACUGUAAAGCAUUUUGACCAGUGUUUUAAACAUGUAAAUAAGAAUACAUAUAAUUCAGCUAAAGAAUUGAAGAAUUGGCUUGUAUGAGAACCACCAAAAUAGAAACAUUUCUACAUUGAGAGAAUUUCGGUAUUCUCUUAAUGUAGUAUAAUUGAUUAGGUUACAAAAAAAAAAAAGUAGAAAUUGUUGGCAGAUUUUGCUGCACAAUGUUCCAUGUCUUUGUUGGCUGGUAUAUUUUAUGAACUAAAGCUGCCUACAUUUGUUUUUAAAGCUUGCAUUCCCAGAAUCAGCUUAAGCUUCUUAUGAAUUCAACCUAUUUGUAUAAGCUGAGAAUCUCAGUUUAAAGAUCAAAAUGUCAAGAAAAAGCUAAGAUUUAUCAGAUCCCAUCCUGAUAUUCUAAGGAACCACAAUAACUCACUCUGGCCCCAGUGUUGAAACUGUCUUUCAAAUUUAGAGUGACUACAUAAGAAUUUUAAAGUUCUUCUUUUUCAGAGCCCAUUGUAAACUGCAUCUACAGUUUACACAUAUAAUUUCUCUUUUCUGCAAACUGAAGAGUGUCCUCUUCUUUCAGUUCAUGAGGGCAGGGAGUUUAAAAACAAAAAUUAUAGGCCAGUAAGGCACUGGGAUCAAUGUGAAACUAUAAGGCCACAUAACUACACAAAUCUGACCAAUUUGGGUUGCCAAAAUAGCCAGGCUUAUGCUGAAAUAGGGGAAGUCUGAUGUAUGCAAGAAAUUCUUUUGAAAUAACUGUGGUGCCCAGGCCAGGCAUACUAAAUAUGGGGCUGAGUUUGGCUUCUGGCUCGGUCUCAUUUCUUUGGUCUGAUCUUCAUGUAUUUGAAUAUAGUUGAAUCUUAUUAUUUUUUUCUUACAGAAAUAUUUUUAAAAAUUAAAAGUACUCAAAAGUGAAAAGAGUUAACUUGUUAAAUCAGAAUGGUUCUCUUUGAUCCACUCUGGUCUAUUGUGUAAAUAUUUAUUUAGACUAUUUUAAUAAUACAUAUUAUUUACCCCACUGUAACAUCAUGUAAACUAAAUAUGUUUUUAAACAAUUUUUAAGACUUGUAAUUACCCUGAAAAUAAGGUUUAUUAUACAAAAACCAGACCCUUCACUAUGGCAGCACUCUUGGGCUGCCUUUAUUCAGUCUUGUGACUCAAAGCCACUUUAUAACUCCCUUUUACAUAAUUCUCUUUUCCUCCCAACUCAUUCUCCAUAGAGGGCAGACCUCAAGACAUUUUCCAGUUCCAGAUCUCUUUUCCAACAUUUUGGAUGGAAUUAUUUUACACAUUAUGGGGAAGGUACAGGAAAGAAACACUUAUAUUGCGGUCAAAUAAGAAAUCCCAGUGUCUAGCAAUAGUUUGGUUGGCAGAGGAAACAGCCUAAUAUUUGGAAAGUAAUUUUCUUAAAAUUAUUUUUAAUUCAUUAAGCAAAGCAAGAGAUCCUGAGUAUUAUAUAAGUCUAUUUCCAUAAUCCCCAUGUCCUAAGAGAAAAAUUAUAGGUACUUUCUAUCCUGUUGCUAGGUUGCUUUGAUAAUUCUUAUUGUCACAAUUUAGAGUAUAAGCAUCCCAGUAUCUCAAAAAUACUAUCAUUUCAACAUGGAAUCAAUGUAAACAUUACUAACAAGAUAUUUUACAUUCUUUAUUUUAAACCUUUGAAAUCUAGUGUGUACUAAACACAUCUCAAUUCAAACUAGCCAAAUGUUUAAGUCUUCAGUAGCCAGCUAUGGCUGGUGGCUACCAUAUUGGACAGUAUAGAUCUAUACUCAUUCCCUCAAAUGUUACUCCUUUAACUUGAGUAUGGCCAACUCCUGGUUACUUAGGGACUCAUUGUCCAGUUUUGUAGUUCCUCAGGCCUCUGAUUUAUCUUUAUUUUUUGCUUUCUGCUAUGUGGCUGCAUUAGUGAUCUUUAUUAUAUCCCCCAAAGCUAGAAUAUGCUAGUGGAAGGCUGAGAAUUGUCCUUGGGGAACUUUAUCAGUAACUCUGGUAAAGUAUCCUCUGGAGGGAGAGGAGAGUCAUUAGGUUAGAUGGUGUUGGUGGGGACAUCUGCAGAUUUAAGGCCUACUGUAUCCCAGACUUGAGUAUAAAAAAUUUCUCUUCAUGACACAAUGCUCUUGCUCAUUAAAUGGAACCUUUGUGAUAGAACUGAUUUUUAAGAUAAUUCUGAAAGGCCAUUAUUGAUUUUAAAAAAACACAGCCUUUCUAAUCCUCUGGAACACAUUCUGUCUAGGUUUUUGUCUGUGGAAAAAAAACGAAACAGCAAGCCCCCGUCUCCAUUAAGAAAAAUCUGUUGGUCUGAAGGUUUCUGAACUUCUUUCUGGUUCUCAGCAAAAGUUAACUCAAGUAGACUGCCCCAGGAAAAUUCCAGGCCAUAAGAAUUCUUAGAGCUGUGCAAAUGCCAUCUUCUACAUCAGUGAGACCUUAGGAAUGACCAGUAUGCUAACCAGAGUCAGGAAUCUGCUGUCUUCACUCCUGCCUCCUAAAGGGCCUGUUCUCUCCAGCACGAGGUCCUUUCCUCCUGAAGUCGUGUUGCCUCAGGCUGUUUAGGGACCAGUACCUGUCUUGGUCUUAUGAGUGUGUCUCCUUACUUUAGUCCCUGGGCAGUGCUUGCUUAUUGCUUUUGUUGGCUCAACCAAGGGCCCGAGGCCUUUUUGUUAAGGUCUCUGCCCCAGGUAUGGUGCUCAAUAUCUUGGCCAAAUAAAUUCCUUUUCUUGAAUAUCCAGGAAUCUUUUAGAGUAAAGCAAUGAGGAGUUAUCACCUCAUCCUCAAACUCCAAUAAGAUCUAUGCCUUAGUGUCGUUUUGUUGUCUGCUUUGAUGUAAAAGCAAGAGUAUUUGGAGCAAGAAGCUGCAGUACUCCAAAUACACAAUAGGCCUUUAUCAUUCAUACAACAUUUCUGGUGUAGGUAUAUGUAGAUGGGCCAUGUUGUUUGUCCAGAGGAGGAGAUUGUAAAGAUAGAAGAAUAAUUUUUUAGUCCUCUAUGCUGUUUUGUUUACUUUUUGUCAGGAUAUUUACCCAUGUCAAAUUCAAACUACAGUACUGUGUAAUUAUGUACAAAGGUUUUUUUUAUUUAUUUGAAGUUAGAGUAGAUAUACAUUUUUAAAUUUAACAUCUGGCUGGACAGUGUUCUAUUAACUCAUUGAAUGUGUUUCUUUUGUCUUGUGUUAAUAAAUAUUGAUGCCUGA